AUGCUUCCCUCCAAUGCUUCCGGGAUGUUUUCCUUUUGUCAAACAGGACCAGCGGACCUGGCGGGUUCGUCCUGGGACGCGACAGUUGAAGGAUCACAGAACUUCCCUGAGCUCGCAGAUGCUGCGGACUACUACACUGGAGAAACCGAGGAUUUCGUUCUUCCCUUUGGCCAAAACACCCCCAAACCGGACCAUCUGGAUGCCUCAGAUGACUUUCAGGCCAGGUGGACUCCCCUCGCAGUCGAGGGCAAGGCUCUGAAGGCGGAGCCCAUGCGGAGAGGGACUUCGCGCAGCUCCGCGGGGAGCCACAAGAACAGGAGCACCAAGAUCUCCGCCCAGUCAGUCAAGAAGAACCGCUCAAGGGUCCAGACCAUUCUGUCACAGACGUCUUCGCAGAUGUCCAAGCUUGACAUGUCAGGUAAUGCAUCGGCCUACGCUCAGGGCCGCAUCAUGGACGUUCAGCAGUACCUUGCUCAGGACCUGGACACUCUUUCUGUUUCGCCUCAGGACGGCUCAGACGAUGUCUGGUCUGCCCGCGCCAUCCGCCUCUUCCCCCCGCAGACAGCCCAGCACUCAAACUCGCCAGCUCUGCAAAGGCCAGUCACCCAGUGCCACAGGUUGAACCGCAAGCUGGAUGCUUCGCAAUAUGUCACCACUGAGGACCUGCACGGAAACAUGAUCCCCGCCAUCGGCGACGAUGGCUUUGCCCUGCCCCACUCUGCCUUCGGCUCCCGCCGUAUGAGCGGCGAGGGCGAGUCUGCCCGGGACCACUACCUCUACAAGAACGCGUUCCCCCACGCGGACGGCCUCUUCCACUGCCCGUGGGAGGGCCAGGCGAGCUGCAACCACAAGGCCGAGAAGCUCAAGUGCAACUACGACAAGUUCGUGGACUCUCACCUCAAGCCUUACCGCUGCAAGGUUGAGGGCUGCCAGAAUGCCCGGUUUUCUUCUACUGCCUGCCUCCUCCGCCAUGAGCGCGAGGCUCACGCCAUGCACGGUCACGGGGAGAAGCCUUACCUGUGCACCUACGAGGGCUGUGAGCGCUCUAUCGCCGGCCACGGUUUCCCCCGGCAAUGGAACCUCAGGGACCACAUGAGGCGCGUGCACAACGACAACGGCACCACUGCCCAACCCGCUUCUCCUCCUCCUUCGGGAGCUGCUACCACGUCGAGGGGACGCAAGAGGAAGAGCGACGCCGCGGAGAAGCAGUCCAACCAGGAGAAGCCCAGCUCUCGGAAGUCAUCCAAGGCUGCGGUGGAGUCGGUCGCCCAGGCUCAGAAGCAGCCCGAGCCGGUCGCUCACCCCGAGCUUGACCAGUGGUAUGAGCACCAGAAGUCGCUCCAGACCUUCAUCCAGGGAUGCGUCCAGCCGGACGACGCGCAGACUCUCCAGUACAUCAAGGAUGCCCAGGAACACCUGAACGCCAUGGGAAAGAUCUCGCACGGCCUCAUCCAGGGAUCGCGCCGCUCGUGGAGGGGUUGA